UUUGGUGGCGCUUUUGAAGUUUUGGAUUUGUUUUCAUCUGGAAAAGAAUUUAUUGCUUUAAAAAUUACAAUGACUAACAACAGAAGUGCAGAAUAUUAUGACAAUGAAGCAGAAAAUACUUUUUUUGAGAAUGAAGAUUUUGAAACAGAAGUAUCGCCAAUUGCAUCUGUAUCUAUGUGGAGUCGUAAAGAUAUUCAAGGAUUUAAAGAACUAUUACGUAAAGAAGGCGGUGAUGGAAUAGUAAAAGUUGGACAUGGUGAGACAAUGACUGUUCGUGUUCCCACCAGAUCCGAUAGCAGCUGCAUUUUUUGGGAAUUUGCAACAGACAAUUAUGAUAUUGGAUUUGGAUUAUAUUUUGAAUGGACCAAUAAUCCUGGUACCCAAGUCUCUGUUCAUAUAAGUGAUAGUGAAGAUGAAGAUUAUGAUGAUGAUGAAUUUGAUGAAAGCCCAGCAGACGUUGAAAAAGGAUCUUCUCAGGUCGACUUCCUUCCUCUCAGCAUAAUUGUACCCAUUUGCCGUCGAGAUUGUCACGAAGAAGUUCACGCAGGCAGUCACGGUUAUCCUGGCCAAGGUGCAUAUUUAUUGAAAUUCGAUAACUCCUAUUCAUUCUGGAGAUCAAAAACAGUUUAUUUCAGAGUGUAUUAUAGUCGGUGAAGUGAAAAUAUUCAUAAAUUUCAUAUCAUAUUUAACUUAAAAAUUGGAAAAUAUAUAUAAAAAUUGCUUAUAUUCAUUAUAAAAAUUAUCAUGUACAUGAAAAUUUAAAAAAAAGGAAAAACACAGAAAACACUCAUGAAAGUUUAUUUGUUGCAUAAUAUUUCAGAAUAACAUUGAAAUGCCAAAAUAAUUAAAAGAAUUUGCAUUUAUGCUGAGAUAUAUUCUAUAAUAAUUGUUUGUUAAAGGACUGUUAAAUGUGUAAAUAUCUAUUUAAUGUUGUUUCCUUGUAUUAUAAAUAUUUAUUGACCUGUAAAAUUGAGAGAAAAAGCAAGAAAAAUAUAUUUGAAACUUUAUUUUUAUGCAACUUGUGAUUAUGCAUUGUGAAAAUAUUUGAUACAAAAUUUAAUAUCUUUAAAAAUAUCAAAUAAUCUAAUGUUGACAUCAUUGAAAGAAGUUUGUAAAUCAAAAUACUGAGAAAUUGUGAGAAACCAUAAAGUAAUUUUUAUUAAAUAUUUAAGUUUUUAUUCAGAUAUUAUGUUGCACGAUAAAAUUAUAAAAUAUAUAUAAUUAAUGAAGUAAAUAAUAGGGAAGAGAAUCCUUAAAACUUUCUAAAAUCUAAUUUUUAAUUGAAUUUAUUUAUGAUAAAAAUAAAUUCUUAUUUUACUUCGUUCUAUUUUAACUCUAUUUACACAAAGUUUUUAUAAUUUAAAGCAUUUUAAUUAUUCAGUUUUUGAAUUACAUAGGAAAAUGUUUUGUUAAGAUUUCUAAAAGUAUUUAGCUAAUAAUUGAUUAAAAAAAAUUAGUUGAUUUUGUGAUAGAAAAAUGUAUUUCUAAACAUGUAUUUAAAUAUAUUUGUUAAGGAAGCAUUUCAAACAUAAAUCUAAUUCACAGUAUUUCUGAUGACAAAAAUUCCAUAGAAAGCUCUAGAACAGUGGUUUUCACAGUUAUGUGGAUUGCAGUCAUUUAAAUCUAGUCACAGAUAUGGAAAACUAUCUUUGCUUUAUUGUUACUUAUCCUGAAAUAUUUACCUUAGGUAAUAACAAAAAAUUUUGUCUAUUUAGUAAUUUAAUGUAAGAGAUAAGUGGUGCAUAAAAAUAUUCUUUCCUCUAGCUAAACAGCAUAAAAUUUCAUUUCAGUAAAACGACUAGACAGAUGCAUGGAUUAUCUGAUGUUCAUUGAUCAUACUUUCCAGAACCUCAGUUCUGUAAGUUUCAGCUAUAUGUCCAUUAUAUGGAAUCAACAAGAAAAAUUUUUCAUUGAUUCCUGAUGUAUAGCUUAAACAUUGGAGUUUUCUGUGCUUGUAGAAAAGUUGUUUGAAUUAGAUUCAUGUUUAAAAGAUGCAAAUAGAAUUACUUUGUUAUUAAUGUAACAAAUAUUAAUUUAUUUAGGUAAAAUUACAUCAGUUAAAUUAAAUACUACAUACUUAACAUAAAUCUAAUAUAAUUAUUUUGACAGCUGGAUGGCUGAGGUGACUGAGGUAUCAACAUACUACCCUGGAAGAUCUAGGAUCAAAACUGGGUGAGCAACCCAGGAAUUUUUCAUGGGUGAUCUGUUUGUAUAUACUGAGCUCAUCCCUCACCACCCAGCCAUACCUGUCGUGCAUCUGGCUAAAUCCGUAAUGGAUAUGAUUAAAAAGCCCUCUUUGUGCCCAGGGUGGAAAAAGUGCAAAAAAUAUUAUUUGAUGAUGGUUUUGUUUUUAAACAUUGUUAUUGUGCAAAAUCUAAUUUGAUAUUUAUUCAUAUAAAAUUUCUAAUGUUUUCUAUUUAUGUUAUUAAAAAGAAAAGUAACAUACUUGUCAAAGAAUCUCCUCAAAUAUAAAUCCAAUUCUUAUUACUUUUAUUUUGAGCAAAAAAAAUUUUAGAAAAUUUGAAUGUUUUCAGACUAUAUACCUAUUGUUAGUAAAUUAGCAAAAGCUCAAAAAUAACUUGAAAGAAAGUUUUCACUUUGAGAAAAGCAGUUUGAAUUGAAUUGAAAAAAGUAAAAUAUUUAUACAAAACAUUAAAACUGUGAAAAUAACAGAUACAGUAACAAAAAAUUUGGAUAUUUUUAUUGUGAAAGAAUCAAGAUUUAUUCAAAUAUAAAUUAUAAUGCUAUUUAUUAACUCAAUGUUUGAUUAAGUCUUGUUUCAUUAUGCAUCAGAAAGCUAUAGCAUUUUACUGAAACUGGUUACAACAUAUAAAAUCUUUACAAUUUGAAAAUUUCUUGUAUUUUUCAUUAAUGAUGUAUGAUGUUUGAAAGAAUCUUGCAUUGGUAUUCAUUAUCAUUUUUCAACUGAUUCAUGUAUUUAAUCAGAAAAAAUACAUGGAAAAUACUUCUUAAGGUAGUCUCUUCAAAUGAAAUUUGAUUCAAAUUACUUUUCUUGGAUUGUAAAUUUAAGCAUUUUUAGUCUUUACAUUCAUCAUUGAGAGCUAACAAAAGAAAAAUAAUGAUUGAAGAAAAUGCCAGAUUAUUAUUAAUGGAUUCAUAACUUGAAACAGCAGGAACUGAAGGAAGUUACUAAUCUAUUAAUAAUUUCCUUAUUUUCCAUUUCCAUUCCUUAAUUUCCAUUAAUAAUAUAAAUUUCCCAUCUAUUUUAUUGUGUGCUAAUUUUCUUGUUUGUGUUGUGGGAAGUGGCUGCAAGGACACUCCUUUGUCAUAUUUAUUUAUGUUUGCUUAAUGUGGAUGCAUUAUUUACAAUCCUGCAAAUCUCAAUUGGAUCUUUUAUUUCUUCUGAUGAUGGGCAUAGAGCUUGAAAGUACUUGAGUUUUAUAAACAGUUUUAUCCCAAAAAAUCAGUUUGAACUGAAUUGCAGGGAAGUUUUGGAGAUUUAUUUGUUCUACUAUGAAUUCUAGGUGUAGUUUAUAAUAAUCUGUAAAAUUUGUAGUGAUUAGCAUUGGAAUAACCAAAAUUAGUAUGGCACAGUGAUUCAAUAUGGUGAUGUGUGAAAGAAUAUGAAUUUUAAGUACAAAACUUUAAAAAUUUUUUUAUUGUACAAUGAAAAAUUUUGUUAAGUUUUGAUUAAAGUUUUAAAUUAGAAAUAGCAUAAACAUAACAAAAUUCAACAUUAAAGUAUCUGCUACAUUUGGGCAGUUUACUUCAUAUUUAUUUGAAAGCAAUAAAUUAAAGCUUCUUAAUCAAAGAAAGCAAAGCUUCUUAAUCAAAGCAUAAAAUAUUGACAAAGACAUUUUCUUGUGAUUCUGCAAUAUUGAGAUAUAAAUGCUAAAAGUUUUAUGAUGUGAUACAUAAAAAACAGCUAAGGUUUAAAAAUUAAUAUGUUGGUUAUGAAAAUGUAGUACAUUGUAUGAACGCAUAAUAGACAUUUUAUAAUUUUAAACAGGAAAAUUUUAAUGAUUACAGGGGUCUUUCUAAGAUUAUUAAUGUAUUUGUAUUGUUCAAGUAACUUUCACUAUAGUUGAUUUCACAAAACUUUCAGUUCUCAUGUCUUAUUAUGGUGCUUAGUUAUAUAACAAUACAAAUAUAUUGAGGUUGUUAUGUGGUAUGAAUUUAUGUAAUGAAGUUAUUCAUUGAAGAAAUACACAACACACUCAAUAUAUUUUACAUUGCUCCACAAGUAACUCCAGACUAAGAUUCUGGGAUAGCCAAAUGUAAGACUGUCUUAUCUCAUUUUAUAUACUGAAUAUAUAUAUAAUUUCUAUGCUGAAUCACUUUUUAUUGUUGAAUAAUCAGUGUUUUUAAGCACAUAAAAAUAAACUUUAAACUAAGAGUAAAUUUGCAGUAAUUGAUCUAAAAUUGUCUUUCUUAUCAUGCAACAUCUAUCUGAAUAACAUUUAAAUAAUAAUUCAAUUUUUAUUUGAUUUGAUAAAAUGAAAAAUAAAUUGGCUCUUGCACUUCAAAAUAGGUUCUAAUGUUUUUGUUCUAGUCCAAAGGAAAUUAAAUGUUAUUGAAAUCUCAAGAUUUAAUGAGAAGAAAUUUUGAGAUAUUUAACAGAAUUGUUUCCUAUUGUUAUAUACUUUUGUUGUUUUUUAUUAAAAUAAUGUUUAAGUAUUUUGCACAGUUAUAGUUAAGAUUCAAUAAUAAAUAUGCACACUACAUAGAUUUAAAUGCUUUUAAUGUAGUACAAUUGACAUUGAAAGCUAAUGUUUGAGCCCUUUGAAAGUGAACAAAUAGUCCACUUUCAAAUGGAUCAACAACUCUUAAAUAUAAGUUUUGUCUGUGGUUGUUUAAGUAUAUGCAGUGUGUAAAUCGUUUGUCAUUAUGUUAAAGUAUAUAUAUUACUGAUAAAAUGAUAAUUAAAAUCAAACUAAACAGCUUGAUUCAUCAUCAACUGGGAUAGGAGAAUGAAAGUGUAUUUACUUUUUAUGGAAAGAUUUGAGAUCAAUUCUUGCUUAAUAUAAAUUCUAUUCUUUUUUUCCCAAUCUGCUCAUAACACACUUAGGAAGUAAGAUGUUAAUUUGAUACUAAGCCAGUGUUUUAAAAGUAAAAUAAUAAACUUUAACCUUGCAUUGUUACAAUUUUAAAAUAUACUUUUAGGUUACAUUACUUGAUUAAAGUUGUUGUUUGUGAUCCAUUUCAUAUAUUUAAGGUUAUCUGUUUACAUUUUAGAAGUUUGUAUUUUCUGUAUUAAAUUGUUAUUUUGACACCAGUUGAUGUAGGAUCAUUACAUUCUGUUUAAACUAUUCAAGAAAUAUAUAUACUUUUCUCAACUGCUUGGCCACAGCAUCAUUAAUUACAUAUGAUUUAAUUUAAUAUUAGUAUUAUUUAGAGAUUAUUGUUUCUUUCAUUAUUAACUGCACAAUUUUAAAUUGUUUGUAAGCUUUAAAUUUGAAGCUUAAUGUUAUUAACCCAGAAAUAUUAGUAUUUGGAAAAAGAAAACUUUUAAGUUGAAGAUAAUGAACCAAUAGUUCUGUUAGUGGCAGAUUUAGCUUCCAAGAAUGAGCAGGUAACUAAGCACAAUUCCAGAUUAGAGAACCAAUUUUCUUGGAGAGAGCUUUUUCCGAGAAGAAGGUGGGAUGGGACAGUUUGUUUACAAAAAAUCACAAUGGCCACACUGCUUUGUUUUGGCUUAAAGAACAAUGGCAUAUGACAUCGGAAGGAGAAUCAAAUGGCCCAGGUAAAGUGGACGCAAUAGCAGGUAGUGUCAGAAUUUUUCUUGUUUUUCUUAGCACCAUAUGAAUAAGGUCUUUGUUUAACAAAACAGAAUCAGAUUGGCACAGAAACUCUAUUUUAGAGUUAUAAUUUAUAUAAUGAUGAUGUUUACUUUUAACAUUUUAUCACUUACAAAUACUUAUAAUUAUAAAACCUAUUUAUUAAUUGAUUCUUACAGAUGAUUUUAAUGCAAUUACUGUAAUUACUCCUCUGCAAUUACUCUCCUCUGUAAUUACUCCUCUCCUCACAAAGCACAAACUUUGUGAGGAGAGGAGUUUUUGAGAUGAGGAGUCUUAACUGUUGUCAGCGAGAAACUGUGCAACAGUUUAUUACAUAUGGAGAAAGUUGGUGUCUUUGGAGGUGAUCUAACAGAUGUGAUUCUUGUAAAGACGAAGAGUUUGAGUUGUGAUUAUAGGUCUAUACAUUGACAAGUCUUGAGAGCUGUGAAGGAAACUGGAAUUAACAUGCCCAAGAAUAGUUUUAGUAGGAGGGAUAAAUUUGGGGUCCUGUUGUAAAGUUUGAUGGAUGCUCCUUGGACCCACCUUCCCAGAGUAGUUAUAAUAUGGAAUGUUGACUGUGUUUCUGUACUUGGGAAAAGGAGAUUAACCAAUUGAGCUUGUCCAAUUUUCCUUGGAGAAUGUAGAGUUGAAUGCAUUGGAGUGUAUUUUGUCAAGUUGUUCAUAAAGAAUAGCUGGAUAUUUUUUGAACUGUAGAUAAGCACCAUAGAGCUUUUGUUCCAUUUUGGCAGUUUCUCAUUUGUUUUUAAUUAACUUUGCUAGUAGUUUUCUUUUAAUGGUUGGUAACAGCAUUUGAACACAAGCUGGUAAAGCCUCAUACUGAAGAGAAAUGCACUUGGGAAUGAUUCUGUACAUUCUGCACUGUAGAAGAAAUAGCUGGGCAUGAAAAUUGUGCCACUACCUGCUAUUGUGUCUGCUUUACCUACGACACUCACUCGAUCCUCCUUCCAACAUCACAUGCCCUAUAUUGUUCUUUAAGCCAAAAACAAACUAGUAGGACCAUUGUGACCUUUAGUAAACAAAUAGCCUCAUUCCACCUACUUCUUGGAAAAAGUUCUAUUCAAGAAAAUUGGUUAUCUGAUCAUGCUUAGACACCCACUCAUCCAUUUAAGUGGAGAUUAAUUAUUAUAAUUUUUUUCUUAUUCAGUUCUAUUUUGUUAUAUAUGUGCAUUAUAAAAUUAAUAAAACUUCAGUAAUUCAUCACACAAAACCUUUUGAAACUCUAGUGAUACGUGUUUAAAAACAGUGAACAUUUUCAACUCUAUCGGGGUCUUCCUCAAGCUACAAUAAUGAGGAACUCAAAUACAUGCGAAAUGGAACAAGAAACCGUUUUCAAGUUUCAAAAGGUUUUGUGUGAUGAAUUAUAUUUCCUCCAGCAUUUGCUAAGUUCAUUUGUUAUAAAACUUUAAUAAGUUUUCAGUUAGAUGUAAUUAGCAAAAUUUCAGUUAUACAACAUUUUUGGCAUGAAGAAUUGUAUUGAAUGUCACAUUAAUGAUAAUGCCAAAUAUUAGUUUAAUACAUAUCUCACAUUAUAUAUAUAUAUAUAUAUAUCUAUAUACCUUAUGUAUGUAUGUGUAUAUAUAUAUAUACACACAUACAUACAUACAUAAGGUAUAUAUACACCUUAUAUAAAAGAUUUAGUUCUAUAGAUAUCAAUGUUAAUUUUCUCCAGUUUGUUCUUUCAUUAACUUCAAAACAUUUAGUAAGUGUAAUGAAAAUUUUCUUUUAUCAUUUAUCUAUUGAAAUAAUUAAAGUUUUGAGAGCAGACAUUUGGGAAGAAAAGACUAAACUUAUUGUUAAUGAAAAUCAAGCUUAUAUUCUCAUGAAGUUUCAUUUUCCUUUACUAUAUGGUAGUUGGAUGACAUGUUAAACUGCCAGCUUGACACAAAUUUAGACCUGAUUCAUACUUUUUUAAUUCAUAAUGGGUAAUUCCAAAUCUAUGCACGACUGUGAUAGAUCGUGAUUAGAUUGGCAGUGGGAUUCUACAGUUUUGGACAACUCCGUUGCCAAUCUGACUUCUAGAAAUGGACAAAAAUUGGAUCCAGUAUAUGGCACAGUGUUUUGGAUUUUGGGAAAAACUAUUUUAUUGAACUUACUGAAAUGUUUUAAAGCCUUCAAAUACAAUUUUCACACGACCAGUAUAAGUCACCCACAAGGUAUUGGUUUUGUAAAUUACAUUACCACUUGAACAAUGAUAAGUUUUCAAUUCGUAUUGCAAGGAUUAUUGCAUAUUUCUUGAGUGUCUAAAAGUGAAGUUUUAUUACAUUAUAUAUUUUGUGUACUAACACAAUGUAAUGCACUAAUGUCAAAUACUUGAUAUGCCUAUUAUAUUACUUUUAUUUUAAAAUAGUUCUAUUUUCUGAAAACAGAACUAUUUUAAAAUAAAAGUAAUAUAAUAGGCAUAUCAAGUAUUACAAGUAUAUAUUCUAUUUUCUGAAAAUAGAACUUUCUCAUUAUUAUUUAUGAUAAGCUUCUUAUAUUGUAAUUAUUGUGUUAAUUCAACAAUAUGUAGGACCCUAUGAACAAAAAUUGGGUCAAAAUCUUUCUCCCAGUGAUAUGAACAGAGUAUUAACCCGUGUCGGGUACCAUAAAAAGGUUACAAAUCUUGGUAACAUGGGGUCAUACUGAUCCCAUACAAAUAAAUAGCAAUUAUUGUUUACAUUCUUAUAUAAUUUAUAUAAUGAUGAUGUUUACUUUUAACAUUUUAUCACUUACAAAUACUUAUAAUUAUAAAACCUAUUUAUUAAUUGAUUCUUACAGAUGAUUUUAAUGCAAUUACUGUAAAUGUAGUUAUUUCAUUCAUUGCACUGAUUACUUGU